AUGGGACGAGGAAGAGGACAAAAAUGGGACGACAGCUGGGACACACGUCAGCCCCAGCAUGGCUCACGUGGGCGUUUAUGGCGUGGUGCCUGGAGUGCAUCGCCGUCAGUGCCGUGGCGAAGACCUACGGAAGCUCCCAGUCCGAUCCCCGGUUAUACAUCCCGACCGGUUACCUCGGAGCCAGCGACAGCCAUGGACCAUAUGGGUACGGAUGCAAGAGCCACCUUGGUCCCGCGUGUACAACAGGCGCUCAAUCAUACUCGGAAGAUGGAAAUCAAGGUGAAGAAGCUUGUCAACGAGAAGGAAAGGAAUAUAAAGCAGUGGCAGGCCUGGGAGAAGGACAUGAAGAACAAGUGGAUUCAGGAAAAGGCGAGACAUGCUCGCGACCUGGACCGCCUGGACAAAGACAUUUCCGAUGCAGUCGAGAUGCAGGAGGAGGCGAGAGAAGCUCUCCAGUCUGCAUUCUUGACGGCCACGCAUGCGGAAGUGGAAACGGUGGCACAGCCGAGCGAUGCCGACUGGGAUGCAGUUGUUCAGGAAUGGGACGAAGCUGCCGAUUUGGAUUUGCAAGGAGUUCUGAGCAGAGCCCUAGCACCGAGGCAGCGGGUCGUGGUGACGCCACAGCGACGAACUCUGGCACCCAUGUCUCCGCCGGCCACUACGUCUUCGAGAAGACCUCCACAGGAAUAUGUCGAGGCAGAAGUGCCACCCGCACCGGUCAGGGAGACACCGACGAGGGAGGAUGGAGUCUUUCGAGAUCCUUAUGGCACUCCGCCUGGCGCCCCUGGCCUGACUUCUCCCAACACCCUGGCUCAUGGGAUUGGAGCAAUGGCACUGUCUGUACCUCCAGAGUCGACUGCUGCAGCUCCCGGCCCAGGCACUGGACGACGGGACCUUUCUCAGCCCAGAGUUUUUACUUCUCAAGCACAACCGCGGCCGGAUGUCAAGCAAGAUGCAAGGCCGUCGAAGCCUCACCCUGUACCAGCAUCAGGGGUCCCUCUGGCAGAUCGGCUCAUGGAAAAGCGCCAAGGUGGCCGUCAGGCAAUGCAGGCCUUCGGGGUAAAGCCUGUCAAUCUCGCCACGGUGCCACCGACAAGGAGGAUCGAGAUCCACAACGACGACGAGGACAUGGAGGAGCUAGAAGAAAAACCUCCCGAGGAGGUUUGGGCAAUGCCUCCCGGAGCCCCGGAAAUCCUGAAUUCUUUGCAAGUCUUGCUGAAAGACGCUUUUGAGGGAAGUUUUGAUAGGCUAGUUCCUCUCGUGCCUCAGAUGCACAGCAGUUAUGUUCAGAUGGUUGCAUACCCUUCGAUGCUUGACGCUGAUGGGUCUUAUGGUGUAGCAGUUGCUUUCGACCUCAGCCGCGUAGGAGGGGACUUCUUUGUCACAGUUGUUGCCAGGGUUCUCAGUGAAGCUGAUCUGAUACGAUUCGUUCGGCCACUGACCUAUCACCAUCUGGAGGUUCUGCAUUUCUACAUUGGUGAGGCAGCAGAACCCUGCGCCGAUGCAGCUACCUUCACUCUGCGACAUGGCACAGUCAUCACGGUCCUCUCACCUGGGCUGCUGACUGCGAGGAAUUUUGCACUGCAAGAUGUGCUCCUUCCCGAUGUGGAGUGGGCACAGAUGCAGCAUGUGCCUCGUUGCCUCCGAACGCCAGGAAUCUGUCUACUGUCCGGAAGCCUUCGAUACCGGAUUAGGCAGGACCACCAUACUAGGCGCACCAUUCCUGAAGCUAUUGCUGUUGUGCUUGAUUGUGAAAGAAGUGACAUGACCUUCUGCACAUCCUUUUGCUUCGGUAACCUGUCCGUGCAAGGCGAACCGUGUGAUCGGGUUAUUGCCGCGGCCUUGAUGCCUUCACCUGAGGCCUUGCCUGACGGUAUGCACCGAAGGGAUGUCUGGACUUUCUGCGACUACAGGCCGUUGGGUUUCAAGCCUAAAUGCCAUCUGUCUCAUGUUUUGCGAGUCCAUGUGCCUUCCCUGCUUGCACUUGAUGGCAUUGUGAUUCCGCCGCACUUCGACCUGUCUGUCGAAGGGGGGAUUUUACAGGGAGACGAAGUCGUUGUUCAACACAAUACCACUCUGGUUUUUCGUGCCAAGCCUUUGCAGGCCUCCAGCCCAGAGGAUGACCUCUUAUCGUGGCCUCCCGAUGAUGACGAUGAUCCUGAGGAUAGUGAUAAGGGUGAUACGGAUCACAGGCCUUCUGACCGAGGUGAGGCAGGCGAUUCAACUGCCGGUGGAUCCUUCCAUGUGCCCAAAGCCCGGGAGACAAUUUCCCGCAGUCGUUCCCCCGUUGCCAAAGACCGUGCUGCUGAUGCCACCGCGGCACAGACAGCUUGUCUCGCGCAGCCUGCCAGAACACCCACGCCGCCUCUACAAACAUGUCUAGGACUUGACGUGCAAUCUGCAAGCCCUUUGACCACAUGGGAGGUGCCAGAGGAUAAGCAGCCCGACCUUGCAGGUGAUAGGUUUCGUGGCACUAUCGAUGGGGCUGAUGACAGCUUGCCUCGGCUUGAGCAAAUGCUUGACAGGCCUAAUUUCAGAGAUGGGCCGCCUCUUCCUAUUGAUGCUGAAGAGGUUUUAAGAGUCCGAACAGGUCUCGCCGCUGACCCGCCCGGGCCCUGGGUUGAUGUCCCCUUCUUCAUUUAUUCGCCUGGACAUGCCCCUGAAGUCUUGAAUUUGCCCUUGUGUACGCCUUGCAGCUUGCAAGAAGCUCUGCAUGCGAUUGCCGAAUGCCGAGAUGACGAGUUGUCUCGCCGGUUUCCAGAGGUUGUCGUUUGCGAGCCCCAACCCGACCUGGCCUUUGCGGCGCUUCUUGCUGUGCCAGCCUGGGCUUACGGCGAGGCUGUGGUGCUUUUUGAUUGUCGCCAGAUUAACCGAUCUCUGUUUGCGGCUGUCGUGUUUCCGCGAAUCAAUCGCGAAUCUCUCUGCUUGGCUGCAGGCUUGCCCACUAGUUUGAAUGUGCAGGUUUAUGUGCAAGGGUUGCCUUGGGCUCUUGGCGCCUGGCAACUGGUUGACCUUCAUAUCGGUUCGACCGUUACCUUCGCGCCUGCUGGGAGCCGUGCACCUAGGCAGAGGAGGCUCUCGGACAUGCUUGCAGGAGCAGACCAUUGGGACUCGCAAACUCCUGUCCCAGCUCCGCCUGGGGAUCAUUACCUUGCACUCACUGAAGGCAGACCUGCGAUUUUUACUGUGCGAGCCGAACGACGAUCAAGCCAUCGAGCAGACAUCGCUGCUCUCCUUCAGUACGAAGAGUCACGUAUGACUCUUUGUGCCUCAAAGCCGCAGAUAAGGGAUGCAGUCUACAAUGGCUUCCAUGUCAAUGCCGUUGUCGCUGCGACAGAAGCCAUAAGCAGAUUACCCGUGCCACCAGCCAGGGUUUCGCCGCCCAAAUGGAUCCUCUUUCUCGAUCUUCGUGACAUUUUUCUGCCGAUUAAGUGGAUCUUGCUUGAUCAAGAUUGCAUCUCCGUGCAAUACUUGCUGCGCAUGUACCAGGACAGACACCCAGAAGGCUUUGUCUUGUCAAUCACUGGAGCCCCAAUUGAGGAUGGGGCAGUCACCGAGUUACGUGAGCCUUUCUUCCGAGUGGCGAAUGGGCAUGUCCUACACUUCGCCUUUGUUGCCGACAGUGCCUCUGACAGUGAGGAUUUUGGACAUGGAAAUUUCGAGGAGGGUCAAGAAUCCGAGGCGCUUUCCCUUGCCGAUCCUGUGAUCCAUGAAGAAGGCCGUGAUACUCCUGCUGGUCAGGCUCGUGAACAUGAUCACGUGUCUGAUGCCCAAGGUGACAAUGAGGAUGCUGUUGCUACUGAAGGACCCGGUCCAAGGCAGGGAAGUGCCAACCUACCCAGCAGUGGCAGCAGCAGUUCAAUCGAGGCUCCUAUUCCGAUACGAGCCAGUUUCGCCUUGCUGAUUCCUGGCUUCGCCCCAGAAGCGGUCUCUCUUCCCAUAGAGAUUCCUGCUCAACUUGACCAUGUCAUUGCCCUGCUCCAAGCCAAGCGAGAUCCUGCAUACGCUGCUGAUUUCCCUGUGAUCACACCUGUGUUGCGUCAGCCUGACGCGCGUUGGGGAGUAUGCGUCGCUUCCACAGAAUGGGCUCCACUGAAUACCACUGUCUGUGUGGACAUUUCUUUUGGCGAGCAGAGGGUCUUCGCCGCGCUUGCACCUGCCACUGCGGACAAGUGGAUUUUGCUCGAGGUCGCUGGCCUCCCCUUGUCUGAUGAUUUUGAUGUGUACUGUGACAGCAUCGGACCUCUUCACAACACUGAUGUUGUCGAACUCGGUCUAGGAAGUGUCAUCUGUGUCGUACGCCAUGGGCAGGCCAGGCCCUGGACUAUGACCCUGCCCGAAAUGCUUGGCACACAUUUGCCUUGGGAUGAUUCCCAGCCCCUUCCAGCUGAUGUUGACACUGACCGUGUCUGCCUAGCAUGCGUUGAUGGGGUGCGCGUGUUUCCGCUGUUAGCCAAUCGGGCACAUCUUUAUAGAGAAGAUAUUGCAUCCAGGCUGCAUUGCCCGUCCAUGCUCCUCCAGCUUGUGCCGGCACAGCCACGACAGUCAGAUACGUCCUUUUAUGGAUAUCCUUGUCGCACGGUCACUGCUGCGCUCAACCGUGGUACCUUCGCGGCCGACUCACAACCUGCUGUUGCCCUUGUCGAUGUCCGCAGGGUUUACAGAGGAUGGAUGCCGUGUCUAGCUCCGGGUGCUGCCGGCAGCUGCAAUGCCGGCAACGAAUCAGGGCCAGCGAUUGAUGGCCCACCUCCAUUUGAGGCUAGUGAUUUUGAACCCUUGUUGAGUGAUGUGCGAGCCGUAGACUUGCAGCAUUUCGCGAGCCAACUUCGGGGUCAGAACUUACCCGGGAUAUGGUGCUUUACCGACGGCUCCUUCUACGCAGCCAAAGCGACUCAGCCAGCAUUUCUUGGAUGGGCGUGUCUUUUUCUCCAACCAGACACAUUCAGCCUCAGCUGGGCUGCCGGCCGAGUCGAUCUUGAGCUCUUUGGUGAUCACUCACAGCCUUCCGCGUUCCUGUCAGAAUGCAUCGCACUCAUGGCGGCCCAGCUCCUCAGUGCCACUGAGUUUGUGCAUGUGCCGGUGCAUUUCCGCUCUGACUGCCAAGCUGCUUUGUCCGCCAUGCUUGGCCAAGCACAAGGACAACCUAGUACCUGCGCGCUGGCAGCCUGCAAUGCGCGCACUUUCCGCGCGCAAACCAGCGGCCAUCCCGAUACCUACGCGUACGUGGAGGGACAUGCAGGGGUUCUAGGUCUUGAUGCUCUCGACCUCUUGGCACCCUUCAUGCCAUCGUACUUGAAGCAAGCUGUACCUGCAGAAGAUGACGGCAAUCCCAACACGGUUUGUGAGUACAAACUUGCACUGACUGCCGGUCUGGCCUUUCAAACCGGAGCCCCGGCUAUCCUUGAGAGGCAGUUGCAUGCCCACGGUGUGCAUGAUGGCGCCAGGAUUCUGUCCGACAGCAACAGCCAAUUCUGGACCCUCCAAGCCAGCCGCGUGACCGUGCUUCACACUGAUUGGUGGCUUGAAACCCAUCGCCUGAUCAAGCGCUUCCGGAAGCGUGAGUAUGUCUUGAUAGGAGGGGAUUUCAAUGCAGCUGUCGGAUCGCAGCCAACACCGCAAUUUGGAGAUCUCGAUCCUGAGCCUGAAGAUUGCGCUGGUAAGCAAGUGCAGACAGUUGCCGCGGAAGGUGAUCUGUUCGCGCCAAACACCUUCGCGUCCUAUCACCGCGGAGAUUCUUUCACAUACUAUCAGAAGCGAAGCACAUGCGUUUUACGUACUGACUACAUCCUGCUGCCGACCGUUUGGCAGGCUGGUUCAGUCGAAUCGUACACGGCACCCAAAAUUCACGCCGGGCAUCCAUCACAAGAUCAUGUUGCCACUUGUGUGGAUGUCGAUCUCAAACUCGUGCGUCCUAGGGCACGAACUGAGAAAGGCCGUCGGAAAAUACGUGCAUCUGAUGCGCGUGAUUCAGCAAAUCGCGACAGCAUCAGGGACUUGUUACGAUCUGUGCCCAUCGUUCCAUGGCAGACCUCCUCCCAUGCCCAUGCAGCGAUCGUUACCAAGCAUGUGCAGGAUGGUCUUCAGCAAGUGCUACCCCAUAAGACCACCACACCCAAACACCCCUACAUCCGCCCCGUCACUUGGCAACUGCAGCAGCGAUCCGGGGACACUUUUGAGCAGCAGUACCUUGAUAACCCGUGGGUCAUCAAGGCUACCCUCAUUCAAAUUGUGCAGGUGCAGCACAUGCAUGCUGUUGCAAAAGCCCUGCGCGCUGCUUGCAAAUCUGACAGAGAUGAAUACAUCCGUGGACUCGCCGAUGAGGUUGCCCGUGGGCCUAACCAGCAGGUUUUUGCUUCGCUGCAUCGCUUGUUGUCCCACAAGCGCAAGAAGCCCUUUCACCUAGAGCCGCUCCCCACCCUGAAAAAACCUGAUGGGGAAGUCUGUGCAGAUUACCGUGAAAGGCUGGAAACCUGGCGUGCACACUUUGGCGGACUUGAAGGAGGCCAGCCGACCACUUUUCAGUUAUUGGCGGACCGAGCUCAUGCUGGGGAAUUUUGUCCCGACCGUGUAAAAGUUGCUCCGCAUCCGUCCUCGACUGCGGAAGUUGCCAGUCAGGCCACUCUCCAGCUCAUGUUGCGAGCCUCCAAGGUUGGCAAGGCAGCGGGAUUAGACAAUCUGCCGCCCGAAUUGUGCCACUUCUUUGCCACAGACCUUGCACCUGUCCUGUACCCCAUCUUUUUGAAGAUUGCAUGGAGGGGACAAGAGCCUGCGGGGUGGAAAGGCGGAUCCACAGUGCACUUUCACAAACGACGUGGCAAAUUCGACGAUUGCAAUUCGUAUAGGGCAGUUCUGCUGCUUUCGACUUGGGCAAAGGCUUGCCACAAAUGUCUGCGAGCACCCCUGAAGUCUCACUUCGAAGGUUCUGCCCCUGACUUGCAAUUGGGGGGCAAAACCGGCGGAUCUGUCGUUUUCGGCGCUCACCUUGUCAGGUCAGUCAUUCGCCGUGCCACCUCUCAAGGACAAGCCAGUUUCGUCAUUUUUGCAGACAUAGCCUCUGCCUUUUACAGUGUUGUCACGCAUUUGGUCGCGGGCCAUCAAGAGGGUUUUUCAGACCAAGACUUCAGUCGCCUGACUCACAAGCUGAACAUCACACCGGGUGAGCUUGAGGCCUUGCGCGAGCAUUUGCAGGCUCCUGACGCAAUGUCCUCAGCUGGUGCGACUCCGUGGCUGCAGAGCGUUACUGAACGCAUGUCGCAAAACAACUGGUUUUUACUGAAGGACGAUGAUACACCUGUUGUGUCCAUGCGAGGCACCAGGCCUGGAUCUUCCUUUGCUGACCUGGUCUUCGCUUUACUCGUACCCAAAAUCCUCGCCUUGCGUGACUCACUUCGGGGUUUUGAAGCUAGGAGCGAAGCCCCGGUGUAUCGAUGGGAUGGCGAGCGAACGCUCGCACCAUGCAUUGACGGUGAAGAAAUUCCUGUUAAAGACGUAAUUUGGGCUGAUGACCUUGCGGUCCCCCGAAUAUGCCGAGGUGUCCGGGAUAUUCGCGCCGCUGUUGCGGUUGAGACAAGCGCGCUGACUGACGCCUGCGGUGAACACGGUCUGACCUUGGCCUACGGCCAGCAUAAGACAGCUGGCCUGGUCACGGUGCGUGGUACCGGAUCUCGUUCGGUCAUUUGGCAAACGUCGAGGCAAAGGCGCACUUGCUCCGGACGCUUGUCCUUGCGCGUCUUACGCAAGGAGCAGGAUCCUGGCCAGACCUUGUCUGUCGAGAUCGACAAGCCCUUGGUACUACGUGUCUUGCCUGCGGGCGUUGCUAUGCUAGCAUUGGGACAUCCUGAAACCGAAGACCCCCCACACCCUCUUGCACCGCCCGGCGUCGCAGAGGGAACUUUUGUUCUGCAUGGCGACGAGCUGCCAACGAGGGGUGCUGACUGCCGGAACCUUUGUGCUCCUCUGCGAGAUAUGCUUGAGGGUCUUCAGGAUGUUGAUGAAUCUGAGGUAUGGGAGUGUGUCGCUUCCUUUGUCGAACCUUUGAGUGUGCUUCGUGCCACUGUGGCAGACUGGAAGGAGGCACACCUUCACAGCCCAUGGCAUCAAGAGGCUGGCGAAAACGUCCUUUUGCUCCUCGAUCCCGAGGUGUCUGCUGACACAUUUCCAGAUGAGAGGAAAAGCAAGCGGGCUACACAGGACACGUUGCCUGUUUGGGGUCCCUUGCAAGGCCUUGGACUCGUUGUUGAUGGCCCUGAACAUUCUGUGAGCCUCCCGAGUCCUCCCCCUGUCACGUUUGCGGUUGAU